AAAUUUUUUGAUAUUUUAGCAUUUGGUUAGGGACUUAAUUGUGAGGAAAUAAUAUUAUUGAGCCUAAUCAUCAAAUAUUCAAAUUUGAGGAACUUAAAAGAGAAAACGAAUUGGAUAAGGAUCAGUUAUUUUUUUUCCUUCUUUCUUCUUCCUUGUCUAUGUGUUUCUGCUCAUUCUUCUUCUCCCCUGCACCGAACAAGGGAGCCCAGCCACCAACGCACCUCCCUUUGAGAAACCGAAAAUCACGAAUCUGCUCUGCUCUGUUCCCUCCAUCUGCUGCUCUUGCUUUGUGGGUGUGAUUUUUCUAGUUUUUGAUCCCGAAUUUCCCCCUGCACUUCCCGCCAGCCUUCCCCAAACUGCAGCCCCGGUUUUUGUUGCUAAAUUUUGGUUCUUGAUUAUUCUAUCACCUUAGCACUUGGAGUGAGUUUUUUGUGUUAUGCGAUUUAGGUAAGUAAAUUAUGGUAACGCCCUCUGAAUUUAAAGCACAUUUCAGCUUGUUUUUGAAGUGGUGGUGGGACUAAACCCGUUUUACAUAAGUAUGAUCGAUUUGAAAUGAAAUUAUUAUUCUUUUUAUUGAUUUGAGCAUACCUUCUUGGAGUUUACUUACUGCCCUGAUGAUCUAGAAAUUAUUUGUGAAUUAUGAUUUUCCUAUUAACUUGUGCCUAGUUUUGUCUCCAAUAUAGUCAUGUUAUUCGA